AUGGCGCAGGCCCCAUCGAUGGUGUCGCGCGUUGGCCGCACGAACCAACGUUACGGUGCCAUGGGCGAGCGCCUUGUGGCCGGUGUCGUCCCGCUCUCUGCUGACAAGACAAAAGUUCUCAUGAUUCAAUCUGCCGGCCCCGGAGGAUGGGUUCUGCCCAAGGGUGGUUGGGAACUCGAUGAGGCCACGCCCCAGCAAGCUGCCUGCCGCGAAGCUUGGGAGGAGGCAGGUGUCAUUUGCAGCAUCAAAGCCGAUCUGGGCCAGAUCAAGGAUACGCGCCCUCCUCCUUCAGUGACCCCCCAAGCUCCCAAGGCCUCUUAUCACUUCUUUGAGGUGACUGUGGACCGCGAGGAGAGCAAGUGGCCUGAGAGUCAUAAGCGCACUCGACGAUGGGUGAGCUUUGCCGAAGCUGAAAUUGCGCUGGCCAACCGGCCCGAGCUGCUUGAAGCUCUCCGCCGCAGCUCUAUGAAGCGCUAG